AUGGAAUUUCGUGCCCGAAGGACAAGUGCGGUCCCUGAGGUUGCUGCCGCAGCAAAUGCGGUACAUCAUCACCAUCACCAUCAUUAUGUGCUGUGCGAGGGCAACAAUGCUCCCAGUCAACGACGAUCGUUAACUUCAAGUAAUAGUUCCAAUGCCAUCAAUACAACUAAUGGGAUUCAUCAGCCUAAACGACUACCGACUCCACCUUCAUCGCAAGGGUAUGCAUCAAUUAAGACUUUAUCAUUGAGUAACCUAACAGCUAAACAGCAUUUGUUACUGGCGAUUUGCAGAGACGUUUCAUUACUUCCUCCUCUUAUUUAUAUUUUCACAUCGUUGCAACAGGCAUGGAGGAUAUCAUUUCGGACCAAAUUAAAACUCUACGAGUUACAAUCCUUGAAGGACACUAUGAAGAUAUUUGUGCAAAGCUGUAUUGCAAACAAUUCCAUUUCACACGCUGAGGAAAUGAGUACAAACGGCAAUGGUUUGUUGUUAUCGACUUUAACCACAGCAAGAGCAUCUGAGUAUUUACUAUGUGCUCUUUGGUGCGUUGUAUCAUUAUACCUGACUUACUCUAUACUCGAUUCUCUUAUGGUGCGAUGGAUCGUCAAAUAUUCCACACUGGCAGCAAUCCUACGGAUGUUUGCCAUGUCAUUACUCAUCAUCACCACAGAGCUGCUCCUGCUGGCGUCUUUAUCACCAAAUGGCGACUACUAUUUGCAUACGUGGAUUCUCGUAAGUUGUAUUAUGACAGCUGCUUACAUAUGGCAGAGUUACCUGACAUCUAAUUUAAAUUAUGUGAGUCAGGACGACUACGACGCUUCUGAAGAAGAAGCAGAUUGUAACACAAGAAAAGAACUAAACUCCACUGAUAUCGAAGAAUUAACAUCUUCCAAUGUCUCACUUAAUUCAUUACCUUCGUCAUGUUCAUUACAAAAACGCAAAAAUAAAAGAAGACCACAAAAGAGAUUCAAAUUUACUAAGAAAAGGACAAUUGAUCUCUACAACAUUAUUGUAUUCUGCGUUGUACCCGUUGGGCUCGCUAGUUUCAUCACAAUGGUCGGUCUGCUUCGUAACCUCGUCAUCCAACGAUUAGACGUGGAACAGCUCGGCCGCAUGCUACAAUCAACGCCUUACGUCCUUGAUUAA